UUCACUUCUACAAGCCCGAUUUCGUAACUUCACAUAUCCAAAAAUGUCUCUCAAAGUCACAAACCUAAAGACCUAUAUAUAUAAAAAACCAUCAACGAUUCCACAUAUUCACAAACCCUCAUCACAGCAAACCAAUCUAAUGUCGUCUCUAGAAACCAAACCAGAUCAAAGAGAAGGAGCUGAGAUCUUCAAUGUAGGAUCAACCUGCAAGCAAAAAGCAAACGAGAUCUUAUCGACCAUGAAUCUUCCCAAAGGACUUCUCCCUUUGGACAACAUGACAGAGAUCGGUCACAACAAAACAACCGGUUAUAUCUGGAUCAAGAUUAACAAGAACGUUCAGCAUCGGUUCAAGGCGAUCGGAAGAAACGUGUCGUAUGACUCGGAGGUCACUGCGUUCGUGGAGAACCGUCGGAUGCGUAGUCUUACAGGGAUCAAGAGCAAAGAGCUUCUGCUUUGGGUUACGAUCUCUGAGAUCUUUGUUAAUGAUCAAGACCAAACGAAGAUUACUUUUGCUAAUCCGACGGGACUGUCACGUACUUUCCCUGUUACUGCUUUCGAGGAAGAAGAGAAGUGAUUUGUCAACGGUCUAGAACUUUGAUUUUAUUGGCCUUUUUUUUUUCUUUCGUUCCUUUUCUUUGCUUAGCUAUGUAUUGUUUAUCUGCGUCUUUCCGGUUACAAUAAUGAUAAAAUAAUGUACUUGUUAUAAAUAGAAAUGAGAUUUUAUUGUA